CCCCGCUGUCCGCUUCUCACUACUUCUCAGAAGAAGAAGAAAGAAGAAAGGAAGAAACCACCAUCGAGAUUCCUCUGAAUCUCACCUGUGUCGCUUUCCAUAUCCUUCCCAGAUUCGCCAUUUUCGCCUCGCCAACCAUGCUCCGAUCUCUUGCCAGGGAGUUCCAGCUCGUGGCCCCCGUCGCAUUCCGGAGGCGCCUGGCGUCGUACUCCACCAGAGAUGCCGGCGGCGCCGCCAAUGGCAGGAGACUUGUGGGCAAAGUGGCCCUUAUAACUGGAGGUGCGAGUGGGCUUGGUAAGGCCACGGCCCAUGAAUUCAUCCAGAAUGGAGCCCAAGUCGUCAUCGCGGACAUCGACUCUGAGCUCGGCCCGCAAGUGGCCCAAAGCUUAGGCCCCUCGGCCCACUACGUGAGCUGCGACGUGGCCGACGAGGCCCAGGUGGCUGACGCGGUGGACGCCACGGUGGCCCGCCAUGGGAAGUUGGACAUCAUGUACAACAAUGCCGGCAUAACGGGCCCGGCGUACCCCCCGAGCAUCGUCGACCUUGACCUGGACAAGUUCGACGAGGUCAUGAGGAUCAAUGUCCGUGGCGCAGUCGCCGGGAUAAAGCACGCGGCGCGGGUCAUGAUAUCGGCAGGCUCGGGGUCCAUCCUGUGCACGUCCAGCAUUAGCGGGAUCAUGGGCGGGCUUGGGCCUCAUCCCUACACGGUAUCCAAAUUCGCGAUCCCGGGGCUCGUGAAGUCGGCCGCCACCGAGCUGUGCCGCCACGGGGUCAGGAUCAACUGCAUCUCGCCCGCCCCGAUCCCAACGCCAAUGUCGGUGGGCCAAAUAGCACAAUUUUACCCCGGCUUGACGCUAGAGCAGGUGGCCAGGAUCAUAAACGGGCUCGGGGAGCUUAAAGGGGCCCAUUGCGAGGAUGCCGACGUAGCCAAGGCCGCGUUGUACUUGGCGUCGGACGAGGCCAAGUACGUGACGGGCCAUAACCUGGUAGUGGAUGGAGGGUUCACUUGCUUCAAAAAUUUGAGCUUCCCUUCUCCAGAUCAAGUUGUGUAACGUUGGCACUGUUUUAACAGGUUCAUAGUCCGUUGUUUUUCGAUUUGUCCCCCUCUCCUUCUUGUGUUCUUCGUUUUUUACAAUUGUUUAGUGUAAUUAGUGAAGAUGAAUGAGUGAUUCCAAUGGUUGACUUA